AUGGCCGGAGGACGCAAAGCCAAACCCGCGCCCCCCAAAGGCCCAUCACCAACACUCGUCCUCGACAACGGCGCAUCCACCAUCAAAGCCGGCAUCGUGCGCGACGGAAAAUUCGACGACCCUCGCAUCAUCCCAAACGUCAUCGCCCGCGACCGCGCCCGCAAAGUCUACGUCGCUUCCGAGAUUGAGAAAUGUCGCGACUUUGGAGAGAUACAGUUCCGGAGGCCCAUGGAGAAGGGCUUCAUCGUCAAUUGGGAGGCGCAAAAAGAGAUUUGGGAUCGUGAGAUUUUUGAGAACAAGGCUUUUGCGAUUGAUCCUGCUGAGUCGAGGUUGAUACUCGCUGAACCGCCAAAUGGAUUACCUAUUCUGCAGGCCAAUUGCGAUCAGAUUGUUUUUGAGGAAUAUGGGUUUGAGAGUUAUUAUCGCGGUAUAGACGACCCGACCGUAAGCAAUACCCCCGCCGAAGCCGUCAUGGUGAUCGAUUCCGGAUACUCGCACACGACUGUCACGCCACUCCUCCGCGGCCAACCCCUACAUUCGGCCGUCAAGCGAUUAGAUGUCGGCGGCAAGGUCCUCACCAACUACCUGACACGCUUGAUCUCUCUUCGCCACUUCGAUAUGCGCAACGACACAUAUAUCGUCAACGAGAUGAAGGAGCUUUCAUGCUACGUCUCGCCCGACUUCAAGACCGAUCUAGAAAAGUCUUGGAAGGGCACGAGGGGAGAUCGAAGACCGGAUUAUUUGUCUGGAGGCGGCAUCGCCAAAGAUUACAUCCUACCAGACUUCCACACCCACUUCAAGGGAAGACUAUGCGACUAUGAACCCUCGCGACACUCAAAAGCGAAGAAAAUGGCCAAUCAAUCCGAAGAAGACGCUCUGACGUUACGAAAUGAGAGAUUCACGGUUCCUGAAAUACUAUUCAAUCCAUCAGAUGUCGGGAUUAGGCAACCCGGCCUGGCUGAAUUGGUUCAGGAAUCUCUUAACGAACUCCCCAUCGGUCUUUGGCCCAGUCUCUUGGCCAACAUCGUCGUUGUACGGCGUACAUUGAAUGGCCCGAGCCGGCCUGCGCAGGCUUGA